AAUAAAUAAAUGAAAUAAAAAAAGAAACCCUGAUCCUGAAACUUCUCUGUCUUCUUUCUCCGUCGACGACCGCCAUCACCACGCGCCGACAACAGACGACGAAUCCAAUGGAGCGGGACAGGCGUAAUCCCAAGCAUCUUUCCUCUGCUUCCCUCGGGAUCGACCCUGAUGGCGCCUCCCGUCUCGUAGGCAGUAUCCUCGAGAAAGGCGUUCCCCAUGUUAAUCCCUUCUCUCCGAUUCCGCCUCCCACUCCAACCGUUCUUCCCUUUCCAGUGGCUCGGCACCGCUCUCACGGACCCCACUGGUCUCCUGCCGGAAGCAAAGGAAGUGGUAAGGAUGAUCCUGUUCAAGGCUACAGGGAUGAUGACGAAGAAGAACAAUUCUCGGAUGCCAACUCUAUUGCUGCUUUUGCUAAACCGGUUCAGAGAAAGAAGAAACAAGAGCUGGAGUUUCGAAGGUGGAAGGAGCUGCUCUCUGGGGAUGAUUCUGGGUCACCAAGAAAAGUGGCGACAAGUGUAAAUGAACCGAGUAAAUUUGAAAAUCAGAGUGAAAACCGGCAAACGAUAGGAAAGAAGGUGCCGCCUGAUUCUUCUUUUACUUCACUUGAGACGGCUACUUCCAUGGAAAUGGAUGAUGAGCACAAUGCACCGACUGAAAAAAGUGAAUCACAUACAGAAUGGUCUAUGGCACGGCUUGAUAUGGAGUUGAACCAUCCGUUGUUAGUUGCUGUCACCGAAACUAAUAAUACUGAAGAUAUUAUGAGAGCAGAGUUUACAAAUAGCCCCAUGAGGGGGGAGAGGAUAUCUCAUGAUGGGACUGCAGAAGCAUGUUUCCAUAGUUCUUCUGCCUCAACUAUGACCUCCUCCAGAUUGAAUGAACUUGGAAGUAGACAGAUGUCUUCAUCUCUUGAGAGUGAGAUAGACGCAGAGAACCGUGUGUUGUUACAAAAAAUGUCACCCGAAGAGAUUGCAGAAGCACAGACUGAGCUAAUAGAAAAGAUGGAUCCUGCUUUGUUGAACCUAUUGAAGAAACGAGGCCUGGACAAGUUGAAGAAGCAAAGGCAUUCAGUGUUGGCUGCUUCUACUGCUGACAGGGAUAUAAAUCAUGUAAAGACAAAGAGUCAGUUUAUUAGUCCUGAUGGUCAUCCAUGGCAGAGUGAGUCAGGUACUUCAUCUGCCUCUAACGUGACGGCGAAUCCAAAGGAAAGCAAUGCAGUGCAAAGUUCAAGGACAAUCCAAGGCAUAUUGUGGGAUACAUGGUCUCAGAGGGUUGAGGCUGUCAGGGAUUUGAGAUUUUCUUUGGAUGGGGAUGUUGUCAUUGAGGAUAUUGUCCUGACAACUGAAGCUGGUAAUAAGUGGUCUAACUGCGAAAGUGCUGCCGAACGUGACUUUUUGAGAACUGAAGGGGAACCCGGGGCAGCAGGAUACACAAUCAAAGAAGCUAUUGCCCUUGCACGGAGUGCGGUUCCAGGGCAAAGAUCUCUUGCUCUGCAUUUGCUCGCGUCUGUGCUUGAUAAAGCUUUAUAUAACAUUUGUCAAAGCAGAAUCAGUUGCAUGAGGAAAAAUGAGGUUAAAGCCAAUAAAUCCACUGAUUGGGAAGCCGUCUGGGCUUAUGCACUUGGACCAGAACCUGAGCUUGUCUUAGCAGUGAGGAUGGCUCUUGAUGACAACCACAACUCUGUCAUUCUAGCUUGUGUAAGAGUGAUUCUGUGUCUACUGUGCUGUGAUCGUAACGAGAAUUUCUUCGAAGUUUCAGAGAAAAUGGCAAUUCAUGGAAAAGACAUCUUCACCGCCCCUGUGUUUAGGAGUAAGCCGGAAAUUGAUCUCGGCUUCCUCCAUGGCGGGUACUGGAAGUAUAGUGCUAAACCAUCCAAUAUUUUUCCUUCUCAUGAGGAAAUUUCGGAUGAUGGGACUGAAGAUACAGGCACUAUUCAGGAUGACGUUUAUGUAGCCGGACAAGACAUUGCUGCUGGUCUGGUUAGAAUGGGAAUCCUCCCAAGAAUUUAUUUCCUCCUGGAGACUGAACCAACAACAGUACUAGAGGAAAGCAUCAUUUCUAUACUUAUUGCAAUAGCAAGGCAUUCUCCAACAUGCACAAAUGCAGUCUUAAAGUACCCAAAACUUGUGGAAACAGUCGUGAAAAGUUUCAGUUUGAACAAACGCAUGGAAGUGCUUCCUUCUCAAAUCAAAACUGUUCGUUUCUUGAAGGUGCUGUCCCGGUUUGACCAAAGGACUUGCGUAGAAAUUGUGAAGAACAGAACUCUCGAUGUGGUGACAUGGCAUUUGUUUCAGUUCACUCCUCUUGACUCCUGGGUGAAGCUAGGGAAAGAUAACUGCAAGCUUUCAUCUGCCUUGAUGGUUGAACAACUCCAGCUUUGGAAGGUCUGUAUUCAGAAAGGCUGUUGCAUAUCUCGCUUUGCGGAAUUGUUCCCAGCCUUGUGCCUGUGGUUGAGUUGCCCAUCAUUUGAUAACCUCAUCGAGAAUAAUCUCAUCUGUGAGUUUGCUUCCGUGUCAAAGGAGGCUUACUUAUUUCUCGAGGCUUUGGCCGGGACACUUCCCAAUAUAUAUUCACAUAACAGUCAAGCGAAUAAUUCUGAGGCUUGGAAGUGGAGCUAUGUUAAUCCUAUGAUCGAUACAGCGCUGAGCUGGAUAAUGUCGGUGUCCAAAUUAGUUGAGCAAAAGAGAGCGAUGGGGAGCAGCUCUGUGUUAAUUACUUCUUUGUUGUGGGUGUUCUCAGCUGUCAUGCAUACUAUUUCCAAAGUGCUUGAGAAGGUCACUGCCAAUGGAGAGGGAGAACCUUUGCCAUGGCUGCCAGAGUUUGUUCCAAAGAUCGGCCUCGCAAUUAUCAAUCUUAGGCUUCUAAGUUUUUGCGUGGUAGAUGAUAGUAGGUAUGCUAGAGACUCUUAUGGAUGUUCCUCUUUCGUGGAAUCUUUGUGUUAUCUGAGACAGCAAUGUAAUGAUGAAGAACUAUCAUUGGCUUCAGUGAGUUGCCUUCAUGGGAUAAUCCAAACGGUUGCCUCCAUUCAAUAUCUGAUACAGUUUGCUAGAUCCGGGAUGAAAAUCCUUCCUCAGAAAUGUAUUUCCUCGAGAGAUGAAUCUGUGCUUGCAGAAGGAAUAUUAACGGAGUCCUUGGCUGAAAUAAGAGCCGUGUGGAAUGUAUUUAGGGACCUCAUUGCAUCAGAAUGGUCUCUUGUGCAAUCUGUUGAGGUACACAAACGAGGUGGACCUGCCCCAGGUGUGGGGCUUGGGUGGGGUGCUACUGGUGGUGGGUUUUGGUCAACCAGGAUUCUGUUGGCACAAGCAGAUGCAUACUUUCUAAGCCUCUUGUUCAACAUCUCUCCGGUGGACUCUGUAAUGAACUCAUCAGAGGAUCGAGAAUUGGCUGUUAUGAUGGAGAAAUUAAACUCCGGUUUAGCAGUGAGCUUGAUUGCAGGUCCAAGGGAUCAUAUACUGGUGGAAAAAACCUUGGACUUUGUCCUUCAACCACAUGCUUUAGAACUUUUUUCCCACUGUGUCAAGUCAAACAAGAGAUUUGGAGAGAUUGAAUGGGAAUACACGGAAGAGAACUAUAUUCGCAUGAACAAUGUACUUGCGUCUCACUACAAACACAGGUGGUUACAACAAAAAAAAUCGAAAGCUGAUAAUGGAGACCCCAUGCCACAGGAGCCCAUGGCCGGUCUGGAGACUAUUCAUGAGGACAGUGAAAUGUCAGACUAUUCAGUUGAAGACCGUAAAUCUGAAUCCUUGGUUGUAGAAUGGGUUCAUCAGAGACUUCCCCUGGCUCCGCACUGGUUUCUCAGUGCCAUCUCAGGCGCUUGCAGCGACAAAACAUCACCAGGGCUGCCGGAAUCGAUGGAUUUUCUUGAAGUCACCAAGGCUGGAAUUUUCCUUCUUGCGGGACUUGAGUCACUGUCCUGUUUAGCAUCUCAGCCUUGUCCUAUUGUGAGCGUCCCAUUGGUUUGGAAGUUUCAUGCUUUGUCCGCAGCUUUGCUCGUGGGAAUGGACUUUCUUGAAGACAAGACUACUGGCAACCUCUACGAGUCUCUUCAGGAGCUGUAUGGUCAGUUACUAGACGAAGCAAGGUCGAAUGGUUGUCAGACCGAGCUCCUGAGGUUCAAAUCUGACAUUCAUGAUAACUACUCAGUAUUUCUCGAGACACUUGUGGAGCAGUAUGCAGCUGUUUCAUAUGGGGACAUAUUGUAUGGGAGGCAAGUCUCGAUUUACUUGCAUCAAUGUGUGGAACCCUCAGUUCGUCUUGCUGCAUGGACAGUGCUCUCUAAUGCUCGUGUUCUAGAUCUUCUGCCGAGUGUGGAGAAAUGCUUGGGACGUGCCGAGGGCUACCUUGAACCGGUUGAGGAAGACGAAGCGGUCCUUGAGGCGUACCUGAAGACGUGGAUAUGCGGAGGACUUGACAGAGCAGCGAGCCGAGGAUCAGUGGCAUUCACGCUCGUCCUGCAUCACUUCUCAUCGUUGAUUUUUGGGAAUGAAGCCGUUGAGAAGGUGCCUCUGAGAAACAAGAUUGUGAACUCAUUGUUGAGAGAUUACUCGAAGCAGCAGCAGCCGAAGCGUGAGGGGAUGAUGCUGAAUCUCCUGAGGUAUGACAAAUGGACAAGGAAUGGCGCUGAAUCGUCGAUGACACACGAGGAAAGAUUCGAGGUUUUGAAGGAAGCCUGCCAAGGCAACUCCUCCCUCUUGUCCCAUCUCGACAAGCUCAAGUCUGUCUUGUCCCAAACAACAUAUGGCUCGUGACCCUUGUUAUAUAUUUGACGCUUUUUUUUUUUUUUAUUUUAAAUAUUAUGUAUUAGGUAAAGACUUUCGCAAUGUCUAUUUUUUGUUAUAAAAAUGAUAUCAGUCUUUUGUUUAA